AUGGAAGGGACUGUGUUCACGCCUUGUUUGGAAGGAAUGAAGCAUGUCAAGACUGAACAUGGCGAGAUGCUUACUAAGCCUUUUUUAGAGCUCUGCAAGACGAUCUUGCCUGUUAUAGAUAAGUUUGGAGCCGCUAUGACUCUGGUGAAGUCUGACAUUGGUGGUAACAUAUCGAGGUUGGAGAAGAACUACUUAUCUGAUCCUGACAAGUACAAGUACUUGUACACCUUUGUUCAAGUUGAAAUUGAGUCUAAGAUAGCUAAAGGAUCGUCUAGCUGUACCAAUGGUCUUCUCUGGUUAACCAGGGCAAUGGAUUUCUUAACGGAGCUGUUCCGCAACUUGGUAUCACAUAAAGACUGGUCAAUGUCACAAGCUUGUGGUGACUCUUACCAAAAAACACUCAAGAAAUGGCAUGGAUGGCUCGCCAGCUCUAGCUUCUCUAUGGCUUUAAAGCUUGCUCCGGAUAGGAAGAAGUUCAUGGAUGUCAUAUCUGGUUCUGGUGAUAUUAAUGCUGACAUGGAAAGGUUUUGCUCUGAGUUUGGUCCGUUACUUCACGAUAUUCAUAAGUUUCUGGCUAGUGUCGGUAUGGACGACAUGAAAGCUUCUUGA